AUGUCCAAUUCCAGGCUGAUUUUGCCAAGUCCAGAGCUGUUCUCAGUGCUUCCCUCAUCGGUGGUGCGUCUCACGCUACUUGUGAGCAUCUGGCCGUGGCUGAGCUUUGGCAAAGGUAACCAGGAUUGUUUUCGUGGGCAGCCCGGGCUCAGCUAUGAGGCAUGCUGCCAAGAAAAGUGGCAGCCAGAACUCUGCUGGGGUGUCGAUGCGGAAUUUGUUGGCGAGUAUUGCUGUGAGCACGAUGUUCGCCCGGUCUUCGAAGCAAGGCUGUGGAAUUUGCUUGGCCAGGUCAUUGUGGAGGUUUUGUUUGCUGUGGAUUGUGAAUUGAUAACCUGGCAGGAUGGAUCACCUGACAAGUGUGAAAAGGCUUUAUUGGCCAAGCUCGUUCAGCUGGACAUAGUUGACUAUGAGUGGGUCCACAAUGUUUGGUUGCCGUCCAUGCAUCGCAGGAGCGGCAGAACUUCUGUCGAAAGGCUGCACUUUGCCAUGCUCCUGUGCCAGACAUUCCUACACUCCCGAACUGCGUCAGUGGUGCAAGCAUUUAAAGGGGAUUUUCUGACUUCGUUUCGAGUCUCACAUGCGGCAGGAACUGACGAGCUGCGUCGAAUUUCAUUAGAAGCAACAGGAAAAAGCUGGGCCAGGCAGCUGGCCGUUCUCAGGAGUGCUCCACGCGAUUUGGGCGUUGUUCACGUUGCUCUUGUUGCAUCUGUUGGCGAGCCGGUGUUCGCCUUCAAAGCCAUGGCAACAAUCCGGUCUGCCUUGUUUUUCGCUCGACGCAAGAGGCUGCACUUCCACCUCUUCGUAGACACUCCUGGUGAGCGCGCCAUGCGCUACUGCCUUGACGAGCUGCGGCAGCGGGAGCCAAUUUUGGCAUCUCGUGCUGCAGCGUUUGAGCUGUACGGAGAGGAUGUUCUGCGCCAUUUCUUCAAGCUCCUUCGAGCAAACAUUGUGCCGGGAUGUCUGGGACAAACAAAGCUUUAUGGUGAUUCUGGCUGGAUUCGGCUUUUCGUUCAUGAGCUCCUCAGAAAUCGUCCCGAGGUGGAUUUGCUGGUAUUUGUAGACGCUGGAGAUUACGUGUUUCUCGAAGAUGUAUCGCGGCUCCUGGUACAACGGCGACAGUGGCGAGUGUCACAGGUUGGCGGGAAUCCACGAGACGCAGAAGGACCUUUCCAGGUUCUAGAUUUGCCCCGCAUGAGGCGCCACAACUUCACAAAGAUCCUGUCAAACACCGUCCGGAAGAACUUCGAGUCGGCUCCUGAAACCUUUUGCGAAGUUGGGGAGGGAGCCACCAUUGACCAGUUUGCUUUAAAUGCAACGCUGUGGCAUGUCAUGGAGGAGCCCUGGGUUGUCGAAGCGCGGGAGCACGGAGGCGUACAACUUCGAGGUGGGGGAGUCACCAACUUUUGGGAUGAGGAAGUUGAUGGUGCCAUCUGGCGGGAUCGGGUCUAUCCGGGCUUCUUCGACUGGACAGUCCUGAGAGUUCAUUGUCCGCUCUUUUUGGAAAGCUUUCUUGCAACAACCUUGCAAGGGAGACUGCCGCCAAGUCGUGCGCAGUACAAAUUUUUGGGAUGGAUGGUGACGUGGUAUCACCGCGGAAGCGUCGGUAACUGGACGUUGGAAGAAUCAGGCUUACUCAAUGACCGCUUCAAGCAUCGUCGUUGCAAUGAGAAGGCCUGGGGUGUGCACUUCACUUCGGGCUUGAAAAGUGUCCCGUGGGCUAGAAACUUCAUGAAUUUCUGGGCGGGUGCUACACAGCUGGGUCGCGACGGCCCAUGGGGCAAAGACGAGCGGGACUGGACGAAGCGCUCGCUGACCUUCGCUGCAAAGCUGCGCGGCCACGACGAGGCCACGCCGUCUCAUGGGGCAAAGAUAAAAGGAGCGCUCGCACGUUGA